GACAAAAGCAAACACAAACCUUCGCCGCCCCUCGCCUCGCUCGCUCUCUCCCUCCCUUCCUUCCGUCCGUGUAAAGGACGAUGCUCAUCCAACGUUUAUACUUUGCCCGCCAGCUCUCUUGAGUUGAACGCCGAAAAACCACGAUGGGCCAACGUCGAGGCGGACGAUUAACCGGAUAAAUCCCGGACGAGGUGGGACGACGACCGCCGUCGCAGCAGGAGCAGCAGCAGCUUCCCUCUCUCCCUCCCACUCUUUUCCCCCUUCCCCUGCCUGUACAUGCUUUAUAUUUCUGGAUAAAGGAGUGACUAUGAAUGGAGGAUAAAUGUUGCCAAAGGCUGACAGCGGCAGUUUCGUCCUCUUCUCUCUGCUCUUUGUCCUCACGUUGACGGACCCGCCACGGCCAGGUGCCCGGCUAGCGCUGGCAAGAUUAUUGUCAGAGCAGCGCUGCAGCCCCGGUCAGUUUGCCUGCCGCAGCGGCAAGAUGCAGUGCAUCCCCAUGUCCUGGCAGUGUGACGGCUGGACGGCGUGCGAGGACCACAGCGACGAGAUGGACUGCCCCCCCAUAAAGGAAGAGCGAUUUCGUUUCGGCCAAGGUUACGACCAGGUGGACGACGUCAUUGGCGUGGCUCAGCCCGUGCGAUUCAACAAGAAAUGCCCGAGCGGCUGGCACCACUACGAGAAGACGGCCAGCUGCUACAAGGUGUACCUGCGCAGCGAGAACUACUGGCAGGCGGCCGACACGUGCCAGAAGGUGGACGGCUCCCUGGCCACCUUUGUCACCGACGAGGAGCUGCAGUUCAUCCUCAAGAUCCAAGUGGACUUUGACGACCAAGCGUGCGAGCUCAGAGACCAGUGCAAGUUCUGGGUGGGCUACCAGUACGUGAUCACCAACCAGAACCACUCGGCUGAGGGCCACUGGGAGGUGGUUUAUAACGGCCCCGUGCAGGUGUUCCUACCGCCGGACGGGCUCCCCAACCUGGGCGAGGCCAACCAGGACAACGUUUUCUGCGCCCAGCUGCAGCGUUUCCAGCUGCAGAGCAUGAACGAGCGCGGCCUGCACAGCUGGCACGCCGAGAACUGCUACAAGAAGUUCCCCUUCCUCUGCAAACGCAGUACGUGGGCCACCCGGAGAGCCCAAGAACUUUCCGGGGAACCCGUUGUGAAAAUGUCGCCUUUUGGCGCAGAGCAAACGUGCGUGGACAUCAAGGACAACGUGGUGGGCGAGGGCUACUACUUCACGCCCAAAGGCGACGACCCGUGCCUGAGCUGCACGUGUCACGACGGAGAGCCCGAGAUGUGCGUGGCCGCGCUCUGCGAGCGGCCGCAGGGGUGCCAGCACUUCCGCAAGGACCCCAAAGAGUGCUGCAAGUUCACCUGCCUGGAUCCAGACGGAAGCAGCCUGUUUGACUCCAUGGCCAGCGGCAUGCGUCUGAUCGUCAGUUGCAUCUCGUCCUUCCUCAUCCUGUCCCUGCUGCUCUUCAUGGUGCACCGCCUCCGACAGCGGCGGCGGGAGCGCAUCGAAACGCUCAUCGGAGGCAACCUGCACCACUUCAACCUGGGCAGACGCGUGCCGGGCUUCGACUACGGCCCGGACGCCUUUGGCACGGGCCUGACUCCGCUGCAUCUGUCCGAUGAUGGCGAAGGAGGCGCCUUCCACUUCCAGGAGCCGCCGCCGCCCUACGCCGCAUACAAGUACCCCGACAUCCAUCACCCCGACGACCCCCCGCCCCCCUACGAGGCCUCCAUCAACCCCGAUAGCCUCCUCUAUGUGGACCUCAGACACGGCAGCAUGCCAGUGAUGGCGGGCCACCAGGUGAGCACGGCGGCGGACGGGCUCCUCCAGCAGGCCCCUGCCGCAGCCAGCCCCGCAACCGUCUCCCAGGCCCGGGAGGACUCGGUGGACAGCAGCACCCUCCUGGUGGGACCCGAUACCCCCACCAUGGACGGCCCGGGCGCCGCCACGCCGCCUGACUGCGCUUCGCCGUCCUCCCUCAGCACAGCCGUCUAAGACAGAUGGACGGACAGGACUGUUUGUGUAUAAAGAACACUAAUUUAAGGAUGCAUUUUUACUGAUCUGAUUGGCCCUCCAGAAUGUAAAUAUGCCCCUGGGGUAGUUAAACGCGCCGCCACCGCCGCUCGCUGUCCUGUCUCGACUCCAUUCUUUCUUACACUGUAUGGAUUGUGCAAGUCGGUACGUUGACGUUCUACUUCCUUUUCAACUGAUGAUUGCUUGACGUCGAUGGAAGCUGAACGCAUCAUCAAAAUGGAAAUAUUCAAUUCCAUACAAAAGUUGCCCCUCCUUCUUGCUCACUUUUGGUUCGACAAUCAUCUUCGUCCCUGUCAUCUGUUAUGGCGAUGUGCUUUUUUUCCCUUGUUAAAUCAUCAACUUUAGUAGAGAAAAAAUGGAGUCAUGAACAAACUUUUUCGUCUGGAAGAAAGUUAGCUGCAUUGCUGUACAAUGGCAUGACGUUUUUGGGGGGGAUAAGAAGUCAUUUCGCUAACCACAUUGACUUUAUAUAACUUUAUUCUCUUACAAUGACAACUUCAUGUUAAGUUCUGACCUUUGUGCACUGCAAAUGAAAUUUGCAUCAUUUUCUCCACACCAACUUCCUCUCGCUUGCUCAGCCCCCCCCAUCUUUUUUUUGUAGACAAUCAUCUCCCCGUCAUCCAUUUCUGGUGAUGUGCUUAGUUUGUCCCCCUGUUUGUUUUGAGCCAUGACAAUCCCUCAGUGGAGUGCAUGUGUGUUUCUUUUUUGUCGAUGCAUGUUUUUGUUCAUUGAGGUCUCUUUUUGUACAAAGCCCCAGACAUGAUAUGAGGGACACGCACAAUACCUAAGUUUGCAUUAAAAUCUGCAGCCAAAAUACCAACCUUGUGAAACCAGGACAUCUGGGUAAGUAAAGUGUGGAAGUGCACUUUUGUAGCCCAGGCCAAAUGUCAAGGAAUGAUCAUUACCAAUACUUUUAAUUUGUACAUUUUUUUUAAUUUGUGGCUGCACGUAAGUGAUGUUGUAGCCCCCCCCCCCCCCUUCAUUUACUUUGAUGUUUAUUUGUUCUUUGUUUUUGUUGUUGAAUGUAUUUUGUUUUGAUUCUUUAUUAGCCUUGGAAUGAAGCAAUGCUCUUGUUUGUAUAGGAGGCGUUUGUAUUUUUUCUCAACUAGAUGUACUGUACGUCUAAUUAAAUGCCAAAUAAAUGACGCCGUG